GGAGGUGUCUACGCGAAACCUUCUCUCUCAACCAUCAAUGGCUGAAAACUUCCCUCCAUAAUUCCCUCCACCAACCACACCUAGUCCCUUUUUUGUUUUGUUCCUCUUCUGGACUUCAUCACCUAUAACCCUAGGGGGGUUUUCUCCUCCUUUUAUUUUUUUUGUUCUCUUUAUAGACGCGAUCUUCUCCUCCGAGAUGGAAGCCGUAGAAUUCGAAGAAACCACCGACACAACGAUCGACACUGUUUCCCGGUUUAUCGCCGGAGCUGUCUCAGGAACCCUCACCGGAUUUUUUGCUCUCGCUGGAGCUUUCACUGGAGCUGUAACUGGCGCAGUAGCAGGUAGGGCUUCCCAGUACGGAGUUGUUCGUGGAGCUGCACUGGGCGCUGUUGCCGGAGCUAUACUUUCUGUCGAAGUGUUGGAGGCUUCUCGUGCUUAUUGGUGUUUAGAGCUAUCUGGUUCUCGAGGUCCAUCGUCUAUGGCAGAUUUUGUGGAGCAACUUCUUCAUGGUAGACUUGUAAAUGAACAGCUUAUGUCGACUGUGUUGCAUUCCUCCCACUGGCAGCUACGGAUAGCUGAUGUAAGUUUCGAAGAUUGGGACGAUGUGUAUGAAGAAACGGGAUCUAGAGGGUUGACGGGUGAGACGUUAAGUAAAUUACCAUGCUAUAUCAUGUCAGCUGAAAUCACCGAAAGACAGAGCAUUGUCUGCACCAUUUGUCUUCAGGAAAUUGAAGCCGGGGAAAUAACGAGAAGUUUACCGAGAUGCCAUCACACCUUCCACUUGGUAUGCGUCGACAAAUGGCUCAUCAGACACGGGUCUUGCCCGAUGUGCAGACAGAGCGUGUAGGUUAAAGAUUCAGGGAGGGGAACUAGGAGGGUUCAUCAUCCAUACAUACACAUGUUGUGUCUUAUGUUGUUGUUGUGGCAAAGUCUUUGGUCCUGUCCCUCUGUUGUUGGAGCCUGGAACACAGAUGUUUGGUCUGGUUUUUGAAGAGGAACUUGUAGUGGCUUUUGCGAGAGAUCUGUUCUCGGAGCUUUGAAUUCAUAUAUAUAUGUGUAGAUGCUUCAAAGUUCA